AUGAUUUUUUCAUAUCAAUUUUUAUUAUUAUUAUUACUCUUUAUAUUUAUUAAUACAAAUGAACAAUAUCAUAUUGGUAUUAUAAAUCACAAUACUCUAUGGUAUAUUCAUUGUCCACAAAAUAAUACACGAAUAAUAAAUCCUCCAAAUAAUGAUCAACCACUAAUACCCUAUCAAUGUCCAUAUCCAUCAUUAUCAAUUGAUAUUUUACCAAUUGAAGUUGAUUUUACAUUUAUUUGUCGUUUACAAUCACGUUUAAUAUGGAUUAUUGUUGAUUUAUAUCAAUAUAAUUUUUGGUCAUGGCCAAUAAAUAUUCAACCAUUAAAUAUUUCAAUAAAACUUAAUCAAAAUAUUCAAAUAAAAGAUUAUAAAAGUGAAACAACUAAUUAUACAAAUCGUUUUAUUAUAAUUAAUGCAUUUUAUAUACCAUUUGAAUCACUUGAAAUUUUAUUAAAUGAAAAAAUUGAAAUUUUAAUUGAAAUUAAUCAAUGUUCAUUUUAUAUAAAUUAUAAUUCAACAUGGAAUGAUAUUAUUCAUAAAAAUUGUAAUUCAUUUCAAUCAAAAACUCUUCAUGUUCAAUAUAGUUAUUGUGAUUUUUUUCCAAAUUUAAUACCUAUUGAGACAACUCGUGAACUUCAAGUCGAAAUUUUUGAUAGUACUACGACUCAUAUAUCUGAUUUUAAUGUUAUUCUAUCAGUUGAUGAACAACAAACAAUUGAAUCAACAACACGUUUUACAAAUUAUCAUUUAAUAUUUGAUGAAAAUUAUCGAAAAAUUUUAUCAACUUUAUUAAUCAUAAGAACAAAAUCAAAUUUAUUAAUAUAUAUAUUUAUUUUUACAAUAAUUACUUUAAUUUUAUUAAUCAUAUUUUUUAUUUAUAUUCUUUGUUAUCAUUAUCAUCAUCGAUCGAAUCGACAAUCAUCAUUAUUAAUUUAG